ACAGCGCGAGUGUUAUUAUGGAGGAGUCUGCUACAAACUCUCAUAUCGGACUGUGUGUUCUGUGCGGCCUCCCCGGAGCCGGAAAAUCAACCUUAGCCCGGCAGCUGAAAACCAGGCGCAGCCUGCUCUCGGUGGUUAUAAUAUCCUAUGAUGACGUUAUGGCAGACGGCGCCUUUGAGGGAGAUUCAGGGCACGAGUAUCGCGAGGCUUCCUGCCAGUCCGAGAACCAGGACGGAAGAGAUACGUCUCCAUGGAAGCAGCAGCGGCAGCGCGUCUUGCAGUGUCUUGAGUCUCUUUUAGUAGCUCUGCUCACUUGUUCGGCUUUAAAACCUCCAAGUGGGAAGACUGAAGAAACCUGGAGCCGCUUUAUUAAAUGCUUGGAAAGUCAAGGCUUAGUCUGUGCUGGAGAAGACUCAGAAUACGUCUGCUGGUCGGUGAAUGUGAAGUCCAUUCCGGUCUAUAUUGUAUUGGACGAUAACUUCUACUAUCAGAGCAUGCGGUACGAAGUGUUCCAGCUGGCCCGGGAGUAUUCUCUAGGAUUCUGUCAGAUUUAUCUGCAUUGUCCUGUUGACUGCUGCUUACUACGGAACAACAGGAGACCGAAUCGGGUCAUGGACAGAACAAUAAUCCUGAUGGACUCCAAACUAGAGAGACCAAAUCCUGAGAAAAACACGUGGGAGAAAGCCAGCCUAUACCUGGACACCUCCACCGGCAUCGAGAUGGAUGAAUUCAUGGAAAGAAUCACCAGUUUAAUGACUCAAGCCCUGGAGAACCCUGUAAUGCCAAUGGAGGAGGACAGUGAGGAGAAGGAGAAGGAUCGUUACAUUUGUGCAGCCAACGUCGUCCAUCAAGCAGAUCAGAAUCUUCGCCGGCUCAUCUCGGAGACCAUGCAGACAGUGAAGGGGUUGGUGUCGGCAAAGGAUAUUAAACAGAUUGCACAAGAACUUCAGCAGACAAAGUCUAAAGCUCUGGAUCAGCUACGGCAAACUAUAGCGGCUAGGACUGUUCGUUCUGCUGCCGCAGAUGGCAUCUCCAGCGUCCAGUCCUCCUUUAGAGAGGAGGUAGACUGUAUUCUGCAGCGAUACUUGCACAAGGUUCAUGUGGAUACAUUUACAGCUCCGUCUUCUGUCUCCUAGUGAUCAGCCAUAAUUUAUUACUUAUGUCCUCUGAUUCCUAAAUGCAUCUGCUAUGACAACCCGUAUACAGCCCAGUAGCCCACAUUCUGCAGGUACGUAGAUGUCAACAUUGUCAUGGUUGCAGAAAACAAAUGUACGUGUCCUAGCAUUACUAGCUUCUCUUUAGGGAGGCGAUGUGCAUACACAGCUCUGCUGUCCAAGGAGAGGCAAGCUCGCCAAAACCAAAGGGGGACAAGGCUCAUCCGAGUGCUUCAGUUGCAGCGGUGGGAGUCUCGGGAGCCAGGAUCGCACUCCUCAAAACUUAUGACUAUGUAGUAAAAGUUUUAUGAAAUAGUAGGCGUUGCCUAGCAACAUGUGCUGCCAACAGCUGUGACUACUGUAGGUCUCCACGCCCUUCUGAAACCAGCAGAGUCUAGUAGCGCCAGAGGCAAUCGGGGACAUUCAACCCUUCAGAUGCUGUGGUCAACUGCUACCAUGGUUUCUAUUGGGAGUCAGAGGGCUCCCUCUGGUGACCGAAUGGUGCCCCUGCAAUGACAGUGCCAGAAGCAGUUUGGUUGCUAUUGCAGCCGGGGGCCAUCUGAAAAUUUCCAGGCCUGUCAUAGUAAAAGGCUUAACAUGAACAUAGAUGGCAAUACUAGCAGUAUGGUGUAAGCAAUCGAAUGAAAACAUAUUCAAUAAAAAAAAAAAAAAAAAAUUCUUUCCAGCUUUCCAAAUACAUUGCAUGAAAUACUAAAUAGUCUCAUAAGAAAGUACAAUGUGUUCCACACAAAACAAGACAGGGAGGAAAAUAAUUAUUAUGCAUGGCUUUGAUAUUGAUAGCCUAUCCUAAUAUCAGAUCGGCAGGGACGCCAACACCCCCCCGCCCCAUGAUCAGCUGUUUAGUUGUAACUCCAUCCAUUGCAUAGUAACUGCAGCGCUGCCCUCAUUAAGGCCUCAUCUACGCAGCCGUUUUUGCGGAAUGGUAUGUCCAGCCCUCUGCAAGAACUGCUUAUUCUUGUCUGCAAAACGGACAAGGGCAGGACAUGUUCUAUUUU